GAAAAUAAAAUGUUUUAUAUAUUGGUACUACUGUAUUACUUAUGAUGUAAAUAUAUGGACAAUUGAUUCAUAAUAAAAUGUUACAACAUGUGGUAAAAUAUACAAAUCUAAAGGUUAAUUUUCGAAGACAUAUUAUUAAUACAAGAUAUAGAAUAUCAUUUGACAGUGUGAUUUUGUAUGAUCAACAACCAUCAUGAGACCUGUUCAAAGACGUCAACAAAACCUACAAUAUGGCCUGUAUUUAUUAUUUAUGCAGGCUGUAAAUAUUGGAGUUGAUAAAAUAUCUCCGGCUACUUUAAUUGGAGUUAUAUUACAGGCAUUACUUUAUAUGGGCCUAAUCAAAGUUCCAUGGAAUGCAGAAGAUGCGUGUAUAUCAGCAGUUAAAAUAUUUAAAUAUCGUGAUUGGCGUUCUUUCAUAGUAUCCAAUUUUGAACAUGGAUCCGACAUGCAUCUUUAUUACAACAUGGUAUCUUUUAUUUUAAAGGGUACAUAUUUAGAAGUCAAAUAUGGAACUCCUAACUUUGUAUUAUUGAUCGCAUUAUUUUCAAUCGGAUGUAGUUCUAUGUUUGUAUUUCUUGCAUAUGCUCUGAUGCAAUUCACUGGAGAUUACGGUUAUUAUACAAUGUGUGCUAUCGGUUUUUCUUCUGUAUUAUUCGCAUUAAAAGUUUUAACUAUAUGCGAAGAGGAUGAUAGAUACCGUGAUGUUGGUGGUUUAAGGGUACCUAGUAGAUUAUCCAUUUGGGUUGAAUUAGUAUUGAUAUAUCUAUUAGUACCAAAUUCUUCAUUCGUUGGUCAUCUUGGUGGUAUAUUAGUUGGAUGUUUAUAUUGUUAUACAUCUGUUGGUGAAUUAAUUGAUAAUUUAAUAUACAUGAUAACUGGAGUUCCUAUUAUACAUGAAGAACAAUUUUAUAGACGACGUAUUCUAAGUUUUAGAUAAAAUUAUCAUCCAAAGAUUUAAUACUUUAUAAGUUAAUAUUAUUU